UCAACCGUUUGUUACUCACUCCUUCCCAGCUCUCUUAUCUCUCUCUCUCUCUCUAUCCCUUAAAAGAUUAGCCAAGGGAGACGGAGAAGAGAAGAGAAAAGAAAUGAAAUCUCUCUUCCAAAUCCAACCUCCUCUGACUUCAUCCACCACCAAAUUACCCAUCACUGAAGUUCCUCUAAAUCAACUCCAAAUUGGGUUCAACAAUAACAUUCCCAAGGUUGUUUCUUCUUCUUGCCAGUUUAUCAUUCGCAAGUCUCUUCCGUUUGCUGCUUCUGCUGCUUUGCUUCUCUCUGCAACUCCAGCUAGUGCCGGAUUUAUGUCUGGAAUUUCUGGGUUGGAAUCAGUUCCUGGUCCUGAGCUUCCUCAAAUUGACUUUCUUAACAAGUUCAAUGAAGAAAAUCAAAAGAAGUAUGCAGAAAAUGAUGCAAGAUUCCAAUCAUCUCCCAUACUUAAAGAGCUAUUAGAGCGAUCCAAACAGAACAAAGAAAAGAAUCGUCAAGCGAUACAAGACAAGUACUGCAUUCGAGGAGCAGAAUGGGGAGUUGGAGAUUGCUCAACUGAUGGAAUGUCACCAGCUGAAAGAGAUAAUUUCAUUGCUAUGCUGAAAGAGAAGGCCGGAAUCAAAGACUGAAGCCAUGCAGCAAUUCGAUCUACUCUCUCUUACUAUUAUUUUUUUUUGCAGCGUACACCCAAUAAUAUAUUAUUAUGAGGUUUUUGGUUGAUUAAUUAGUUAAUAAGAUUUUAUUAUUUAGUUACUUUUGGACGGGUGGAUGAAUUUAAAUGAACUCUUUUUCAUGUUA